AAGAUGAGUGAUUCAGAAGAAGAAGAGGACAGAUCAAAGUCUCCAGUCUCCAGCUGUCCCUCUAUGGAGAGUGACCGGAGUAAAGGACGUGUUCCAGACUUCAGUAAUGAACCUGGACCCUCAGACACAAAAGAGAGGAAGAGGAGUCAUGUCUCUGAGGAGGAGCAGCCGUCCUGCUGUGCUUUGUGUCAGGACGUCCUGAAGGAUCCGGUCUCUACCAGCUGUGGACACUGGUUCUGCAGACAGUGCAUCACCUCAUACUGGGACCAGUCUGCUUCACCAGGAGACUCCUCCUGUCCUCAGUGUGGAGAAAGAUCCAGAACAAGAGCUGGACUGCAGUCAGCCGGUGAAACCAGCACUGCACAAGCAGCUGGUGGUCUGCAGGAGGUUUUAGAUGCACAUAAGAUCAGUCUGAAGAGGAGAUGUCAACAUGUGACUGAAGGAACUGAUGGAACAGGAAGUGGAACCCUCCUCAACAGGAUCUACACUGAGCUCUACAUCACAGAGGGACAGAGUGAAGAGGUUAAUACCCAACAUGAGGUGAGGCAGCUGGAGACAGCUUCCAAGAAGAAGACCGUCCAUGACACUCCAAUCAAGUGCCAGGACAUCUUUAAAGCCUUACCUGACCAACAGGGACACAUCAGAGUCGUUCUGACGAACGGCGUCGCUGGCGUUGGAAAAACCUUCUCGGUGCAGAAGUUCAGUCUGGACUGGGCAGAGGGUUUGGAGAACCAAGAUGUCAGUGUGGUGAUUCUGCUUUCGUUCAGGGAGCUGAACUUGAUCAGAGAUGAGCAGUACAGUCUUCUGGAGCUGCUCCAUGUUUUCCAUCCAACAUUACAGAAGGUCCCAGCAGAGAAGCUCGCCGUCUGUAAACUUCUGUUCAUCUUUGACGGCCUGGAUGAAAGCAGACUUUCACUAGAUUUCAACAACAAGGAGGUUGUGUCUGAUGUCACACAGAAGUCAUCGGUCAACGUGCUGCUGACAAACCUCAUCGAGGGGAAUCUGCUUCCCUCGGCUCUCGUCUGGAUAACUUCCCGACCUGCAGCGGCCAAUCAGAUCCCUCCUGCAUGUGUCAACAGGGUGACAGAAGUACGAGGCUUCACUGACGCCCAGAAGGAGGAGUACUUCAGGAGGAGGGUCAGUGAUGAAGAGCGCUCCAGCACAAUCAUCUCACACAUCCAGACAUCCAGGAGCCUCCACAUCAUGUGUCUGAUCCCAGUCUUCUGCUGGAUCAGUGCUACAGUUCUGGACCACAUGUUGACUACAGAGCAGAGAGGAGAGCUGCCCAAGACCCUGACUGAUCUGUACUCACACUUCCUGCUGGUUCAGACGAAGAAGAAGAAGCAGAAGUAUGAUGAGGGACAUGAGACGAGUCCACAGGAGCUGAUGGAUGCUGACAGAGAAGUUCUUCUGAAGCUGGGGAGGCUGGCGUUUGAACAGCUGCAGAAAGGAAACAUCAUGUUCUACCAAGAAGACCUGGAGCGCUGUGGUCUCGAUGUCACAGAGGCCUCGGUGUACUCAGGAGUUUGUACAGAGAUCUUCAAAAGAGAGAGUGUGAUCUUCCAGAAAACAGUAUACUGCUUUGUUCAUCUGAGCAUUCAAGAGUUUCUGGCUGCAGUCUACCUGUUCCACUGUUACACCACCAGGAACACAAAGGUACUGAAGGCUUUCUUUGGGAGCGACUGGGACAAUGACAGCAGUGAUGGAAAAGGUCCCUCAUCCCUGAAGAAGUUCCAAGGGAGAGUCCUAUGGAAAUCCCUCAAAAGUGGAAAUGGCCCAUCCCUGGAUGACUUCUUGAAGAGAGCCAUGGAGAAAUCCCUAGAAAGUGAAAAUGGCCACCUGGACCUGUUUGUCCGCUUCCUCCAUGGCCUCUCUCUGGAGUCCAACCAGAGACUGUUAGGAGACCUGCUGAGUCAGACAGACAACAGUCCAGAAAUCAUCCAGAGAGCCAUUAAUAACCUGAAGGGGAUGAACACUAAUGAGAUCUCUCCUGACAGAAGCAUCAACAUCUUCCACUGUCUGACGGAGAUGAACGACCUCUCAGUACAUCAGGAGAUCCAAGAGUUCCUGAAGUCAGAGAACAGAUCAGAGAAGGAACUCUCUAAGAUCCAGUGCUCAGCUCUGGCCUACAUGCUGCAGAUGUCAGAGGAGGUUCUGGAUGAGUUGGACCUGCUAACAUACAACACAACAGUGGAAGGACGACAGAGACUUAUUCCAGCUGUGAGGAACUGCAGAAAGGCUCGGCUUUCUGACUGUGGACUCUCAAACUUCACUCAAUGUGAAGUUUUGGCCGCAGCUCUGAAGUCCAACCCCUCCCAUCUGAGAGAGCUAGACCUGAGUAUCAACAGACUGGAGGAUUCAGGAGCGAAGCAGCUGUGUGAUGGACUUCAGAGUCCAAACUGUAAACUGGAGACUCUGAGAUUUUGGCGUUCCAGUUUGUCAGAGGUCAGCUGUGCUUCUCUGGCCUCAGCUCUGAAGUCCAACCCUUCCCAUCUGAGAGAGCUGCAGCUGAGUCACAACAAGCUGCAGGAUUCAGCAGUGAAGCAGCUGUGUGAUUUUCUGGAGAGUCCACACUGCCGACUGGAGACUCUGAGAUUGAGAUGGUGCAGUUUGUCAGAGAUCAGCUGUGCUUCCCUGGCCUCAGCUCUGAAGUCCAACCCCUCCCAUCUGAGAGAGCUGGACCUGAGAGACAACGAGCUGCAGGAUUCAGGAGUGAAGCAGCUGUGUGAUUUUCUGAAGAGUCCACACUGCAGACUGGAGACUCUGAGAUUGGAUGGUUGCAGUUUGUCAGAGAUCAGCUGUGCUUCUCUGGCCCCAGCUCUGAAGUCCAACCCCUCCCAUCUGAGAGAGCUGGAGCUGAGUGACAACAAGCUGCAGGAUUCAGGAGUGAAGCAGCUGUGUGAUUUUUUGGAGAGUCCACACUGCAGACUGGAGAUUCUAAGAUUGACGUCCUGCAGUUUGUCAGAGAUCAGCUGUGAUUAUCUGGCCUCAGCUCUAAAGGCCAACCCCUCCCAUCUGAGAGUGCUGGAGCUGAAUGACAAAGAGCUGAAGGAUUCAGGAGUGAAGCAGCUCUCUGAUCAUGUGGAUAAUCCGAAAUGCAGACUGGAGGCUCUGAGGGUAAAUUACAGGACGAUCAUAGAUGACUCUAAUGUCAAACUGGAUGUUAAAACAAACCUGCCUGAGGAUGACAAAAAGACUCCAUCAUCCUUCUCACCUGAACUCACAUCUGGAGCUUCAUACAGGUUCAGGUGUCCUGGUCCAGGUGUGUUCCAGUGUAAUUUGACUGGACUGGUGUUUGUUAUGGCUCAGGAGACAAUUCUGCUGUACAGGACCGUCCAAUGGGAUCAGAGCCUCCUCCAAUCAGCUGGCAGGCAGGCUGCAGGGCUGCUGUUCGAUAUCAAGAGUUCUGAGGACUCUGCUGUCCUUCAGCUCCACCUCCCACACUGUGAAACAAAGGAAGCGUUGCUCUUUGACGGCCUGCUGUCUGUUGUCAACAUCACUGAUGAUGGAAUGAGCAUCUUGGAGCCGUUGGAGAUCACAGACACUCAUGUGGUUGUGAAGGUCCCUCACCUCUCAGUCUUCGGCCUGGUCUGGGAUUUCGUCAAAAGGUUUCUGACUAACAAGUCACUGCCAAUAAAGGGCCACGUUCUGCUGUUCCUCCGACCUCCGUAUGAAGACGUACGAAUUCUUGACAUAUUACUACUGCAGGAAAACAUCUCUGUGCAUGAGGUUGUUGCCCAACAAGAAGGUUCUGGUUUGCAGUUCAUCAGGAUCUCCUCCAGCUGUCAGCUGAGCUUUGGUCAAAGUUACAGUGUCCACUGUGAACCUGAGGGCUUCCAUAUACAGCCAGAGUGUGAACAAUUUCAGUCAAAUUGUGGACUAUAUUUCCCUCCAACAUUUGAAGUUUUCCUGACUACAAACACAAAGAGAGUGACUGUGAUGGUCAAGGACCAAGAGGGGAAUGUCGUCUGGAAACGUCGAGUCUCCCUGACAGGUCCAAGAUGGGAAGUUAGACAGACAAAUGUCCCAGCAGAGGACAGCGUCCCAGCAGAGGACAGAGCCCCAGCUGAUGAGAAGCUGUUCUCAGUUCGGAUAGAGUUCAUUAUCAGAGUGACUGAACCUGUUCUGAACCAGCUUCUGGAUACACUUCUUGACCGUCAUGUGAUAACUGAUGGUGAAAUGGAGUCGAUCAGUCAAAUAAACAGAACAAAUGCAGACAAAGCACGAAAAAUGAUCGACACGGUGCGAAGAAAGGGAGCUGAAGCCAGUUCAGUUCUGAUCGCUGCUCUCCUUGAGGUGGAUCCACAUCUUUCCAGAGCGCUGAAGUUGAGCUGAAGCAGAAGAGUAGAAACUGCUGUUAUAGAGCUGUUAUAGACAUUAAUUACCACAUGAUGAAUGUCUGUAACAGCUGAGUGUUACACAUUACUUGACAUCUUUAAAUUAGAAGAUUUGCUGUUAAAACCUGUGGUUUUUUUGAAGCGAUCAAACUUGAACUACAUUGGAUGACUGUUGAGCAGCGACACAAUUCCAAUAAGAAAUUGUGCCUGCAACCAUGAACUAAAACAGAAAAAUGCUUCUGCUGUUAUUUAGUGAGACUAAAUGAAACAUCGUCAUUUCAGCUCCCAGUCUGUUCUGUGCAUGCACUGGCUGCAAAAACAUCAACAUGGCAAUGUUCAACAGGUAAAAAUUCAAGAUUUCAUUUUCUUAUUUUCUCAUUUUCAUUAAAAAUAUAAUAUUUUCUAGGACGCCAAAGACCAUAUGAGACAAUAACAUGCUUCAUGUGUGAGAGUCAGUGUUGUUCUUGCUUUCAGCCACUAGAUGGAAGCACUUCACUGAUGGACCGAGAAGAUUAAUUACUUUGAAUACUGCACCCUCUUUACAGUUACACAGAGUAAAAUAAAUCUUAUCAAAUGACUAAAGGAAAAACAGAUGACUGUGCUGUAACCCUCUCAACAUCACACAGAUCGUUGUCUCUCAGUAGGCUGCACUAACAUAAUACAGAUUCAUAAAUGCUUUUAAUUUUUACUCAUGAUAAACAAUUUCCAGGAACUAGCAAGAGACAAAAAAAAUAAAGUUCAUUCAGGAUAUUACGUUAAACAAUAUGCCCGUGGUGAUAAAGUUGGAGCAGGUGAUGGCACUAUUGCUUUUUUCUUUCUUUUUAGACAUAACAGUCUUGUUUCAACGUCCAAAUCUUUGUGUGUCAUGUAAAGUAAAAUAUAAUAUAUAUAUUUAUUCUUUACCUACUUUUGUUAACAUGA